AUGAAUCGAUACAAUACGCUUUCAACAAUGCAAUCUGAAAGCCACAUCACAUACGCAACCGGAUUUCCGACUUCGAAUCCGAUUGCUAGUUCAGAGUGGAAUGUAGCGGCUUCGAGUCCUUCUGCUGCAAAUGGGCAGCGAAGGAGACGCACACCCCACAGUCGGAAGCAAAUUGAAAUCCUUGAAGCCAAAUUUCAAGAAAUCAAAUAUAUCGAACGCCACCUUGUUGAAGAACUUAGCAAAAAAACUGGUUUAAAUCCAUCAAAGGUAAAGGUGUGGUUCCAAAAUCGUCGAGCGAAGGAAAGGAAAAAGUGGAAAAUGGGAAUCAGUGGUGAUCAUGGUGCUCCUUCAAUGCCAGAGUUCACAAAUACAUGUUCCGCAAAUGUGUGCAGCAACAAUGAAGUCAAUUGGCACUAUCAAACUUCAACUUAUUCCUUCUAUCACAAUCCGACCAUACAUGGGCCUCUACCUCAACAACCCUUAGGAGGGAAUCACAUGGCAAAUGAGAAUGGCAUUUCCGAUACGACGUUCACCAGCUACCAAGAACCCUCUUCCUACCCACCACCAUAUACUCAUUCGAACGCUAAUCCAAGCGCCUGUCCAUACAAUUCUUAUUAUUCUCCAAACGACCAUACUAUGUACCCAAAUUCGUUCCCCACCCAAAAUAACCACACACCUUACUACCAACCCUAUCAAGGACAAAAUCUGUAUUUAAACUAA